CAUUCGAACUAAUUCCUCUGCCGACAAAGAGAAGAAGAAGACGACGUAGGUGAAAUUUCGAAGCAGUAGCAUAGAGAAUGGGAGCAGAAGAAGUGGACAAUGCUGAGUUAAGCGACAAAGCUUUGGUGUUAGCCAUUAGAGAGGUCCUUGCAUCUGUCCAAAGUGGAGAUACCGAACAAUAUAAUGAGCUUGUUCAGUUAAUGUACAUUAAAAAGAAAUCUGAUGGCCAUGUUGUGGCACAGAAAGAGGUGCCUGAAGAUGUCGAUGUUGUGGCUCAGCGAGAGACACUCUUGAAAACUCUAUCACGCUCUGUUGCUUGUUUAGAUGAAGUUCACCAUAACCGGCUUCUUGAAAUUGCCACUACUAGUGGAAAGCAUCUGAUCUCUUGUUUAAAUAUGCUCGUAUCUAAUUUACUUUCGCAACCCCGCAUACUCAACAAUAAGAUGCUGGAAGUUCGUUCCCGGGUGCACGCAGCUCUUCUCAAGAUUUCUUAUUUAGUUCCCCUUGCUCCCUCGAUAUUACUGCCCAUACUCGUCCAGAGUAUGCCUAGCGUACACGACAAAAACCGCUUUCAGCUUGUAGUGCCAUACGUGGAGAACUUGUUGAAGUUGGAGAACAGCUCAAUCAUCGGUAAAGUUGUUGGCAACGGGAUUCUUAGGGUUGUAAUGGAGAGGUUGCGAGAUCUCGAUUUGGAGAUUGGGUGGGAUGAUAUUCUCCAAGAUGACUCCACCAUAGUCAUGUUUGAUAUGGAACUUGACCUUGCAGUUGAAGGCACUACCAAUGAAGGAGCGGAGUUUUCAGUUCGGUCUCUAAAUCAAAAUGGAAAUGUAUUCUCUAAAUCGUUGGACGAUUUGAUGGUCCUAUCUUUUCAUCAUCUUGAAUCCUGUCAAGAUGCUGGUCGUCUGGAUGAGGUGUUUGAAAAUCUGUUCGAGUCGUUUGAGAACUUAAUUCUGAACACGCAAAAAACAAAAAUUUCACAGUUCCUGAUGUUCUAUGCGUGCUCACUUGAUCCUAAAAAUUGUGGUGUGAAAUUUGCCAGUAAGCUGUUGGACAUAUUUCUCUCCAGCAACAAACAUCAAGUUACUAGCUCAGUUUCAUCUUAUCCUUCACGGACGAAUGCAGUGGCUUAUCUAGCUAGCUACUUGGCUCGUGCAAAGUUUUUGCCUACUUCUUUUGUGGCUAGCAUGUUGAAAAGAUUGGUGGAUGAGUGUGCGGAUUACUGCAGAACAUGCAAUGAUGAUGCUAGGCCUGAAGAACAUCAAGAUUUUUAUUCAGGAUGUCAGGCAAUCUUGUAUGUGCUAUGCUUCCGAAUGAGAUCAAUCCUAGCUGUUCCUCGCUUCCUAUCGCAGCUUACACCAUUGGAGUCGGUUUUAUCUCACAAACUAGACCCGUUGAAGGUGUGCCUUCCAUCUGUAGUUUCUGAGUUCCUUAAACAAGCCAAAGCUGGUGGUAUGAUCAUUGUCUCGGAAGCCUUCAUUUUUGAUGACCUACCCGAGUCUGAGCUCUCUCGUGCUUUUGGUGGAUUCUUCCCGUUCGACCCGUGCUUGUUGGAAAGCUCUAACAGUGUUAUCUCUCGGUACUUCAUCUACUGGUCAGAGGUGAAAAAGAAGACUUAUGAUGAGGAUGAGUUUUUGCCGGAAGUCAUAGUGUAUGGAGAUACAGAUAGUGAGGAGGACUGUGAUGAUGAGGUUGUUCUUGAUAACGAGGUGAACAAGAUGUCUAUAACUCCUAAACACUCCUUCAUGUGCGAAACAGAGAGACUUUUGAAGAUGCCUUCUAGGAUCAGUCCAUCAACUAGUCCUCGUGAAUCCCUCUGAUUCUAGUGGAAAUGAGGCAAUUUUGUAAGCUAGGGUUCUUAAUACAAUCUUUUUACAAGC